AAGACAACAAAUGCGUUGAUCUUCACCGCAGGAUUGUUCAACUCACUAUAUCGAAAACACAAUUUGACAGGAAACGGAAACGUGGAAGCGGAAAACAAUUCGUGGACACAAGCUAACGACAGUCAGUUCAUUCAUCGAACAACUUCUAGGUUGUUGCUGCAUCCAACGCCGAGAAAAUGGCUGGUCAGGAUAUGCGACUGAACCACACGAUCUACAUCAACAACCUCAACGAGAAAAUAAAGAAAGAUGAACUCAAGAAGUCGCUAUACGCCAUCUUCUCACAGUUCGGGCAGAUUUUAGACAUUCUUGUAUCGCGGACCUUGAAGAUGAGGGGUCAAGCUUUCGUCAUCUUCAAAGAAGUCAACAGCGCUUCUAACGCACUGCGUUCCAUGCAGGGGUUUCCAUUCUAUGAUAAACCCAUGCGCAUUCAGUACGCGAAGCUGGACUCGGACAUAAUUGCAAAGAUGAAGGGUACCUAUGUGGAACGCGACCGGAAGAAGGAGAAGAGAAAGGUCAAGGGAGCAGAGGGUGCAGGUGCCAAAAAGGGUGUCCCAGGACCUGCAGUACCCAUGGGACCAGGGGUACCCACGCCAAUGUCUGGAAUGCCUCCUAUGAGCCAAGCUCCUCGUAUGAUGCCAAUGCCUGGCCAGCCCCCUUACAUGCCCCCUCCUGGCAUGAUGCCCCCUCCAGGGAUGGGCCAGAUGCCCCCUGGUGCCAUGCCUGGCCAGAUGAUGCCAGGACAGAUGCCUGGGCAAAUGCCCCAACAGGUGUCGGAGAACCCACCCAAUCACAUCCUCUUCCUCACCAAUCUCCCAGAGGAGACCAACGAACUCAUGCUGUCUAUGCUGUUCAACCAGUUCCCUGGGUUCAAAGAGGUACGUCUGGUUCCCGGUCGCCACGACAUCGCCUUUGUGGAGUUUGACAACGAGGUACAGGCAGGUGCUGCACGAGAAGCGCUGCAAGGCUUCAAGAUCACCCAGACCAACGCCAUGAAGAUUUCAUUUGCCAAGAAAUAGCCUGGUUCUCUCUCACAGACGCACACACCUCAGAGAAAACACACACAGAUGAGCUGUAGUCACGGACAAACCAGGGAGAGCUAUUGGAAUGUAAUCACAGCCCAAGACUGAAUCAUCACUUGCUUACACACACAAUUCAGGCACAUGGCACAACUUCCUUAUGUCAUUCUCCUCUUUUUUAAUGAUGUCUUCUCUGAUGUCAAAUGCUACAAAAAGACAAACCUCAACACUGUUCACCUCUACAGGAAUCUUAAGACUUUAACAGCAGUAUCAUUCCAUUGUCCUCCUGGCGAUGUCGUCCCCUCUUAGAUCUAUUGGACACUUACUAUUCAAUAGUUCUCAGAGGAGAUUACAGCUAUUAAGUAAAGGGCAGGUUGUUUUUAAUCCAUUUUCUUAGUCAUAAGUACAUCUUAUUUAGCAAGCUAGUAGUGUGUGUGUGUGUGUGGGGGGGUGUUGUGAGUCAGCCAGCAUGUUAUUAGCCUACUACAUUAUAUAAGAUUCAUGAGAAGGUAUCCAUCUUCAGGCUUUCCAUGGCGAUGAACUCUGGUGUCUGUAAGUAUCUGGUAGGGUUUGUAAGUAUAUUUUCAUUUUCAACUCUUUGUUUUAAAGCAUUGCACCCAGCGUCUGGUUCACCAGACAUUGUACCUGGCGCUUUUCUGUUUUGAUUAAAACAUUUUAUAUUA